CUCAACAGCAGUGAAAGCUCAUGGGCUCCGUCUGCGUCUGUGUCACAGCCAACAAGCAUGGCAACACCAACUGUGGCCGCUGGAAAAGCAUGUUGCAUGGGAAGCUUCUUCUUGCCCAGGAAUCGACUUCUGCCGAGGGGCAGUCUGGCUGGCCAGGUGCUCUGCCCAGCUGAGGAGCAGGGAGCUGCGGCUGACAGCAGGACUCGGAGAAGGAUGCGGAGUGGUGCCCAGCGCUUCCUGCAUCUGGCAUCUGGCAUGGCGAGGAGACAGCAUUCUCAUGCCGGUCAGGGAAGGAGAAUGAAGAUAAGGGGAGAAAGAAAUUUGAAGCUGUUUAUUUACCAUCAAAACCAUCCUUUUGAGGUUCACACGCGCUGGUGUUCUGGAGGCCUUCAGGGGGUCGGUGGAGUCCACCAUCAGCCCCGACUGCUUGGGAAUCCGAAUGUCACCACUGCUCGCGACCCGAGGGCCGCCGGCACUGCAUGUGGAUAUGAGAUACAAGAUUAAGUGCUACAAAUGGAUUCCAUCUCUGCACAUGCACACAGUCUCCUUGGAAGUUACACUUAAGGAAAUAUGUGCAGCUAAUUAAGGUUAUAUGUCACUCCAAAACUCCCACUUCAUUCACUCAACAAAUAAUUCCUGGAGAGCCUAGGGGACAGCGCAUGCCACUCUCAUGGAGCUUAAAUCUGGGAGGGCUCCCUUUCCAUUCUUCUGCCUUCACUAUGACAUCAAUCUGUUAAAAGAUUACCAAUAUAUUAAUAGAUACUAUGUUAUCUACUUGAGACAUUUUGUUGGUUCAUACCAGGAAUGCUGCUUUCCCCUCUUAUUGUGAGUGGCCUAAGAGUGUCCCGUUUUGAAAGUGAAUACUUCUUUCUUCCUACCAUCCCCUGCCUUUGUAAAAUGGGAUUCAAGAUUUUCUUCUUCCUGAAACUUUGCUGUUAUUAUUUUCUAUAAUAAGCAUGGAUGCCUUCUAGUCAGUGUUCAUAUGAUGGUAAUAAAAACCACAGAUGGGCUCUCACAUUAACGAAUUACACUCUAAUCGACAGGCUCGGUUCACCUCAGAUGUAGAAAAUGUUCUUUCCCAGCCCUCUUUCGUUAGUUUGGUUUUCUUUCUGCUCUGUCCCUCCAGACGGUAAAAAGGAACUCUCUGGAAUGCCUGACCCCAAACUGCGAUCUAGGAAGCGCACUCCACCUUUUUCCUCUUUAUUUCACCUGCCAAGCUUUACGCCAUAGGCUGCACCGUUUUCUGCGCAAAGUUACUGAGUGAAGUAAAAGAGGAAUGCCUUCAGGGUCCUAAGGAUGCAGAAAACAGGCUUCCAGCUUCCCGGAAGGUUCAGGCGUGUAUCGGAACAAAGCUAAAAAUGGGAUUCAGUCAACAAAAAUGCUUCCCAAGUGCCAGAGACUGAUUAACUUGGGCUGCUGCAUUAAUUCAUCACAGGGUGUUAACUCUGGUUCCCACGUCAUCCUCUGGCCUGGCGCCCAGGGAUUCCCCCGCCCCCCACCACACCCCGGAUUGGCGGGCGGUCCGCGCAGUUAAGCACCGCGGGGACCAGCGGACAGGGUGCUUCUCCCCUGCGCGGCGAGCUCCUGGUCUGGCCGCAGGUCCAGGCUGCAGUGCAUAGGUCUGAAGGGCUGGCUGACUCAAUCCUAAAAUUAGCGUGGGAACCAGCCCCCGGAAAGGCUGGGUUUUGCUCCCCCCUCCUCCCCAGUAACCCAGAAACGCGAGGACCCGCAGCACGCGCGCACCCGGUGCAGCGUGCGCUCCGACACAGCUCUGCGAUCCGCACGGGCAGCACCGCGGCAUGCAGGCGGAAAUUGAUCAGACCUGUCUCGCCACCGCCGAGGACACGUGACGAGGCCGCGGCCGCUCCUUCCCGGAGCCGGGCGCUGAGGCCGGACUGCGGCGCGCUGCGCAGGGCGCGGGGGCGGGGCGGCGGCGUCACCGGGGCGGGGCAGGGGCUCGCCGGGAGGCGCACCCCGACAGCUGCGCCGCGGCGGGAGACGCCAGGCCGGGAAGGUGGGCGGGGCCGCCCCGCCAGCACCGCCUUCCGCCCAGAACCUCCGAGGAAGCCCAGAGGAAGCAGCUCCCUGCGCUCCGGCGGUGGCCCCGGGAAGCUCCCCCUGGAGAAGGCACGCCCCUUUGGGAGCAGGCUCUUGGUUCUUGGUAAGAAGCCGAAGUCUGGACGAGGACACGAGGGGUGAGGUGGCGGACGAAGGGAGGGUGCAGCGGCCCAAAAGGUUCCCUGCGGGCGGACACUCGGCCCUCCGAGGUAGCGGACGCCGGCUCAGAAGGCUGCUCCUUGGUCCCGCCUUCGCGUCGCCCGACGGCCGGCUAGGCCAUGUCCAGAGGCCCGGGACCCGGCCUCCGGAAGCCCGCCCCGCGGAGCCUCAGCUGCCUCUCGGACCUGGAGAGCCGGGCGACCCCAGAGCCGCGGCUCUGCAGACCCCCCGGGAGCUCGGGCCAAGCACCGCCGCCACUGCCGGCGCCCGCAGGCUGCGACCCCCGCCUGCGGCCCAUCAUCCUGCGGCGGGCUCGCUCGCUGCCCAGCUCGCCCGAGCGCCGCCAGAAGGCCACAGGCGGGCCGGGAGCUGCGUGCCGGCCGGGGUGCAGCCGGCAGCUCCGCGUGCGCUUCGCCGACGCGCUGGGUCUGGAGCUGACGCAGGUCAAGGUGUUCAACGCGGGCGACGACCCGUCGGUGCCGCUGCACGUGCUGUCGCGGCUCGCCAUCAACUCGGACCUGUGCUGCAGCAGCCAGGACCUGGAGUUCACCCUGCAGUGCCUGGUGCCCGACUUCCUGCCGCCCAUCGAGGCAGCCGACUUCAGUGAGCGCCUGGGGCAGCAGCUCGUGUGCCUGGAGCGCGUCACCUGCUCGGACCUGGGCGUCAGCGGUACAGUACGCGUGAGCAAUGUGGCCUUCGAGAAGCAGGUGGCGGUGCGCUACACCUUCUCCAACUGGCGUAGUGCACACGAUGCGGUGGCGAGGUGGUGCGGGUCGGCGGGAGCCAGUGGCACAGAGGACAUUUUCGCUUUUGGCUUCCCGGUGCCGCCCUUCCUGUUGACGCUGGGCUCCCGGGUGCACUUCGCGCUGCGCUACAGUGUGGCCGGAGCCGAGUACUGGGACAACAACCGCGGCCAAGAUUACAGCCUCACGUGUCGCAGCCACGCGCUGCACAUGCCCCGUGGAGAGUGCGAAGAGAGCUGGAUCCACUUCAUCUGAGCCGCGCAGGGCAGGGCACCUGGCAUCUCCGCACUUCAGACCCACCUGCAGUCAUUUCCCAGCUGAGCUCUCGCAUCAAAGUGGCAGCUUUUCUUCACACCCGACUCCCAAACCUCAGUCAUCUGACUUCACUUCCCAGUGGCAGUGGCCGUUCUGUUGUCUACUUGAAAUGUCUGUGUAAAUGGUCAAUAAUAGUAGCCUCAGGUGGCCAGAAUGCCAAGGUGUGUGAUGUGCUGGAGAGAGUGCCUGGUGAGUAGAUGCAUGGGAUAGCUGGCCCCUCUGGAGAGGGCCCAGGCAGGGCCUUUUGAGAAAGGCCUGCAUCCUCCUGCUAAGAAGGCCAUGGCUUUUGCAUGUGUCCUGACUGGGUCUGUGUUUUGCCAAUGGGUUUCAGCCCCGGGCAAGUUUGCUGUGGAUUCAAUGUGACCAAAGAAAUUGACAGCAAAACGUUCUUUGGGGUGAAAGGGUCUAUUACCUGGCUUCUUCUCCUGGCGGUAGGUCGCACUAGCGUCUCUGCCUCUGCCCAGAGCACUGGGCUGAGCUCUCUAUAUAGCGCAAUAAUAGCUUAUUGCCUGAAAGUGUGGAAGUGGUAGCCUAGCAACAGACCAGUACAUCAUCAGGUGAUUUAAGUUCAGUGAGGAUCCUGGCCAUAGGAACCCCAGCUUCCCCACACUCCACCCCUCCAGGAUUGUCGCCUUACAAUAUACACGCUUUCAGUCUUCUGCAAUGGUCCCUGUGCGAGAAAGCUGGAGCACUGUAACCAGAUGCCACAAUAGCAACAGAGGCUAACAACAACUUAGAGAUAAUAAAAAUUAAGAUACAGCAAGAUUUUGAUACAGGUAACAAAAAUUAUUA